UUUCUUUAAAAGAGUCUUUACCGAUUCAAGAUGGCAUCCGCAGCGCAAUGGGAAGUUGUUGGCAAAAGCAAAAAGACGAAAGGGUCGUCUCAAAGCCUCUCCAAAUCUCAGAAAAAAACUUUCGUGGAACGAAUGCCCCGUAUUGAAACAAAUGCUCCAGUGAAAGAAGAUCGAACGAUUUACACUGCUUUUCUGGAAAAGGAACAGAAGGACAGAGGGAAUGCAGCAAGUGCAAGAGCCAGUAACGGGCCAAGUACCAUCAAGAAACCGGUGGUCCAGAAGAAGAAAAAGCCUGAACAGGAUGGAAAAAAGAACGAAAAGCCGGUCUCUCUGGAAACUGCCAUUUCUCAAAUUGACCAUCAUGAACUUGAGAACAUCUUGAGUCAGUCUCAGAUGCGAUUUCCUGAUAAUCAGGAUGUUUGGCUGAAAGACUUGGCCUCUUUUCUCAAUUUGAAGUUAGAGAAAGUGAAAAAUAUUGACCCCACAUUCAAAGGGAUGCCUCAAGGAUAUCCUUUGGAAUUGUUGUCUCAAAGCUGUCAAAAGGUUCUCCAUAUGGCGGUGAAGAAAUUCUCCAAUCAGACUUUGGAUCACCUUUUUUAUCACACUAUCCAGACUAUGCUGGUUGAAGCUUCAAAAGACCAGUCCAUCCUUGGUUACAAGAUCUUCCUGCAGCUGCUUGCUCACCACAAACCAGACAUUGCCCUGGGGAAGAUCCAUCAGUAUUUGGAGCUGCUGAAGACCCAUCAGAAUCGGCCUGCCAACUGCCUGUCUGUCCUGUGGGCUGUUGGGCAGUGUGGGGUGAAGAAUUUCAAGUGCGGCCUGAAAGUGUGGCUUGAUCUCAUGCUGCCAGCCCUGGAGGUACGACAAGUUGCCCAUUACCCUGUGGAAUUUCUUGAACAGCUGAUUGGCACACACAAGAAAGUUUCGAAUGCUUAUGGCAUCGUGACGCUGAGAGAAUACUUCCAAGUGAUGGAUGUUGUGUUCAGCCCUGCCUUCAACCUUUCCAAUGAUCUGCGCAAGAGACUCGUGGCUUUGUACCCAAAUAUCAGGGAGCUGGCAUAUGGAGACACUCCUUCUCACAACUUGAGGACUUUUUUCCCCUCCUAUCUGGCCCGGCUGAAUACUGCCACUAAUCAAGCUGUCAAGAAUGAGCUGCUGAUGUGUCUAGUGAAAUGCCUGACCACUGACCAGCAGUCCUAUAGUGUUUGGUGCCAGCUGUACACCAAGCACCUUACUGCCUCAGGACUUCUUUUGGAGUAUAUCAACAACAACUGGUCAAAGCUGUCUUCCCAGUUUGACAAAAAACUUCUGAGAGAGACGGUCAGAUCUUUUUCGGUGACCAAUGAGGAAAUGGAAACUCAAGGUUGUGGAAGUCGUGAUGGUCUUUCCUUGUGUCAGGCAGCUACCAAGGAGCUUGUGGUCAAGAUGACACGCACAAGCUUCCCCUGGGGUCUCUUGGUCUUUUUCUUGGUGUCUGUUGUGGCUUCCAUUGUGGUCUAUGAUAUCAUGUCCAGCCCAAACCUUCGCUCUUCAAGAACCAUGCGAUUCUUAGAGCACUAUGGAGUACUGGCCCUUGCAGAGCAGGCAUGGGGACGUAUACACACCUUCAUAACUUUAGCCAUAAAUUGGCUGAAGGUGAACUGCCCUGUGUACUAUGCUUACUUGUGUGAGACAGUAGGCCCCUUCCUGGCUCUGUGUUGGGUGACAGUAAAGGAUUUUGUCGUGGAGGCCGAGCUGGCUUCAAGACCUCACCGGGCCUGGGCUGGACAGAAGGCUUGGGACUUUUAUCUUUGGGUCUAUGCGCUAUCACCGGAGACGUGGGUCUGGUGUGAAGAAAUGUUAUGGCUCUCAUGGGAAGUACUGAAGGACUACUCGUUCUGGAUAUGGAAGCACUCAUUACAUAUGGCCGCCGAUGCUCACCAUUGGCUCACAGAGCAUGUUUUUACAGGGGCACUUUCCAAAGAAUCUGUUCAAGCCGCUCUGAUGUGGAGUCUUUCUGAAGCACAAAGUUAUAUGUCUACUUUGUGGGCAUGGUGUGACAAAAAUGUUCUUUAUGUUGUCAAAUAAUUCAGUACAUGUGACCGAGAGCAUUGCAUGCACCGAGAACUUUGUUUUUUUGUUUGUUGCUUUCCAAUGUCCAAUUGUAUUACUUAAUGUUUUACCUGGUCAAAAAGCAUUACUCUCAACUCUCAUAUAUAUUUAGUUUGGGUGGGGUUUUGAUGUUGUUUUGCCUGAUCAUCACAGUUUUGUUUCUGUGAAUCUUUUGUCAACUGUUUUGUUCUGUUCACAUCUUUGUGCAAUGUGAAUAUUAAACUUUACAUGAUGUAAAGAAGAUUUAUGCGCACAAUGGUUUAGAAAAUGUACUAGUCUACCCAUUGCAAUGGAAGCUUGAACUUGAACUAGUAUGAGAGACCUCUUUGGAUUUAAUAUAAUAUCAACAGAUUAUUUGCUGAUCAAGUGUUGGUUGAUUUCUUUCUUGUGAUAUGAAUAAAAGUGGGAGCAGGGAAAAUAGUCCUGCAUAAAUGGUUAUCACUGCUAGUAACUUUGAAACAAAGUGUUCAGUGUCAUUACUGAAGCUCAUGCUUUGGUAUAUAAGACCCCAGUUGACACUUGUUGCAAAGAGAGCAUCUAUGAAGCUGUCACUUCUAACAUAUGAUGCUUACAAUACUUUCGUACUGGAGAGUGGUGUUUUUUUACAGGCAAAGUUAACAAACGCCUUAAUAAUAGCCUGCUGGUAAGGGCCUUGUUCUAGUUCUAGCGUGAACAUAAUUCACCUUUUACCUCUUGCACUGUAUGGUUACCCUGCCUACAAUAGAACACGCUGGGUGUUUGUAGGAUCCACAGUAUUUAACACUUUUAAAUAACGUACUUGUUCAGGCUUUCUUGUGGUUCUCUUCAAACUUAUAAAGAUAGACUUCAGUUAACUUUUAAUUAGAUGUUUCUCAUUUUGAUUUACAUCAAAUAACAGAGAUGUACAUCAUUUUGUUUCCAUGUUUCUCUUUUACACAAUGAUGGAGAUUUAGAAUCAGUAGCAUCAACAUACAGUGGAGUCCACUUAAAUCAAACACUAUUAAUCCAUAACAAUGGUAAACCAAAAGAAAUUAAAAUCCCCCAUUUUUUUUCUCUAUACCUGAGCAGCCUCCCAAAACCAAAAACCUGGCCAAACUUCAGAAAGUCCAGGGGUCCCACAGAUUUUGUUAUAAGCAGACUCGACUGUUAUUGCCUUCAGCUGUGCAAUUUCCAUGUCAUUGGCAAUACCUCAUUUUACGAGUUCACAAAAGCUUCCUCCAUACCAAUGCGGCUAUCCAUGCAAUGCAACUGCAAGGAAAGUAAGAAUAAGAGUAUCCUUUGAAGAUGAGAGAGGUGGUGACUGUUCUUAUGUUCCUGUGUUGGUCUUACUUUCCCAUGCUGCAGUUUACAAAUCUUAUGAGUCCGUCUGCAGCUGUGUGAAUGUGAAAUUCUAGUUCUCAGGGCCAGUACAAUAAAGUCAGUAGUUGUCAAAAA